CAAGGCUGUGCGAAAACAACCAAACCGAAAGGCACCACCCUUCUUGUCACCGACAUGUCUCCAAAACGCCCAUUCAAGGCAGUGAUAGCCGGAGGAGGCAUCGCUGGCUUGACGCUGGCCAACAUGCUCGAGAAGUUCGGGCUGGAUUACAUUCUCUUAGAAGCCCACGAUGAAAUCGCCCCUGCGGCAGGUGCUGCAAUCGGUCUUAUGCCAAAUGGCUCCUUCAUCUUGGACCAGUUAGGCCUAUACGACCCGAUCCGGGCGAUUGCGGGCGACGCCGACCUGGAGGAAUCCUACAUCCGCGACCCGGAUGGCCGACCAGUUGGUGGCUUGAAGCACAUGAUGUACCAUCAACAAAAACGGUAGGCUUCUUCUGACAAAGAAGGGUUUUGUGCGCGCCUGCUAAUAAUGGAAUGAACAGACACGGCUAUCCGAUGCUGUUCUUCAAUAGACAGUGGUGCCUCAAAGAGCUGUACGAUCAGCUGAAGCACAAAAAACGAGUGCAUCUCAAAAGUCGGGUCAGCCAGAUCGACCAAACCGUUGACGGCGUCCGGGUCACGACCGAAGACGGCAGGGUCUUCACAGGGACCCUUGUUAUCGGAACAGACGGCAUCCACAGCCGUGUCCGUCAAGAGAUGCGUCGGAUUGCAAACGCGAAUCACCCGGGGUACUUUGAUCCAGACGAGGAAGACAAGGUCCCGUGCUCUUAUAUGUGCAGCUUUGGUAUCGCCCAGCAUGUCGAGGGGUGGCCCGGCAGUGAGCAGUGCUUCACGACAGGGAAAGGAAAGUCGUUCCUUGUCUUAUCUGGGCCCGGGCGAAGAGUUUACUGGUUCCUGUUCGUCAAGCUGCCCAAGAUCAAGUAUGGCAAGGAAAUCCCGAGCUACUCGAAAGAGGACGAGGCGGUCUUUGUGAAGGAACACGGGCAUCUGAAAAUCAGGGAGAACCUGACAUUUGACCAGGUGUAUGCCAAGCGCAUGACCUCGACACUGACUCCCCUCCACGAGGUUGUCUUCAAGAAGUGGUUCUUUGGCCGGAUGCUCACAAUCGGGGACUCGGCACACAAGCCGAAUCCGCUCGGGGGAAUGGGCGCAAAUGCCGCGAUCGAGUCUUGCGCUGAGGUCUUGAACGCUCUGAUAGACCUCAAGAACUCGCGUCCCGCUGGACUAGACAAUCUCACACAGAACGAGGUUAAGACCGUCUUCCGCCGCGUGCAGCAGAGUCGACAUGAGCGAGCCGUCUUCGUUGUCUCGUUUUCCCACAGGGUACAAACCCUCAUGGCGCAGGAAAACCCCAUUAUUGGUCUCCUCUUUCUCAGAGUUCUGGUACCGCUCGCGGGGCAACACAACUUCUUCCGCGACCUCUCGGACCGAACCUUCGGCUGCUCGCGGAUCAAGCACCUCCCCCUGCCCUCGCGUCCACGCGUGAUUCCGUACGUUCACGACCUCCCGGCCAAGCCGCUCGGCAGCUUCCCCAAGCACAUGGUGCGGGUCCUGUUCAGCGUCGGCAUGGUGAUGUUGCUCUACGCCGCUCACUACCUGACGCCGAACCCAAUACCCGGCCCGUCGGCGAACUGGUUCCAGAGGACGACCACUACGUGGCCCGCCAAUCCCACCACAUGGCUGUCCCGCAUUGGCACCGCCGAAGAAACCGGGCGCACCCUCCGGCUCGUCUACCCUCUCGCACAAACCCUCUCCCCGCUCCUCAUAUUCCUCGUCGAGGGGUACCGCAUAGGGCGACAAAACACUCUCCUCUCGCUGCCCAUCCUGUUCACAGCCGCAUUACAGUACUACGGCCUGCCGCGCGUCCUCCCCAUCUAUGCCAUCCUCAGCGCAUGGCAAGUCGACCAGACUCCGGCCGACCGCGCCGUGCGGGUUGAGGUGGCGCGGGUGUUUGUUCCGUCGCUCGUCCUCAGCCAGGUCAUCCCAUUGUUGCUGAAUUCGACGACAGGUUUUCCGGAAAAGGAAGGCUUGGGCUGGCGAGUGAAGGGCCUGCAAAUCCUUCCGGCCGUGCUAUUUGCCGCCAUGACGGCCGGGCUGAGCAGGUGGUUCGCCAAGAGCACGCCCGACGACGAGCACGAACGCGACAAGCACCCGGAGUGGUACACCACCGACGACAUCAAGCACCUGCGGAGGGCAUAUCACUUUGUCUUUGUGCUCCAGGCGGCCGCGCACAUCGGGUUGCUACUUAACAUGACGUGGGACCGCGACGGAAAAUUUGGAUUUGGAUUGGACUUGGCGAAUUUGAUGGUACCCCUCCACCGUGUUUAUGAAUGGGUUUGGCUGGACCUCAUGGGUGCGCGACUUGACGUGCUGCUGGGCUCCCUCGCGGUUGCCUGUCACAAUCUGAAUGUUGUCUGGCAGCUCCGCUGUCAGGGUUAUGUUGGAACGCGCAAGGCUGUCAUGGCGGGGCUGUCGAUCGCGCUAGGCCACGUGCUAGUAGGGCCCGGCGCGCCUUGGGCUGCACUGUGGAGUUGGCGGGAGGGCGUCAUUGCGGGGGUGUCCGUAGCUUAGGUAAUCACGAAAAAGGAUGUCUUUGAUGCAGGAUGCUUAGAAGGUGCUAUCGGCUUACACCUCGAGCCUAUCUAUCUCAGCUAAUGAACAGAAUGGUG